CAACGACAACCACUCCCGUCAAUUAUCGUCAAAAUGGGUCGUCUUCAUUCCAACGGAAAGGGCAUAUCAGCCUCUGCUCUCCCAUACUCCCGCACUCCUCCUGCGUGGUUGAAGACCACCCCCGAGCAAGUUGUCGACCAAAUCUGCAAGCUUGCAAAGAAGGGUGCUACCCCAUCGCAAAUUGGUGUCGUCCUCCGUGACUCCCACGGUAUUGCCCAAGUCAAGGUUGUCACUGGUAACAAGAUUCUGCGAAUCCUCAAGUCAAAUGGCCUCGCCCCAGAGAUCCCAGAGGAUUUGUACAUGUUGAUCAAGAAGGCCGUUGCUGUUCGCAAGCAUCUUGAGCGCAACCGAAAGGACAAGGACUCCAAGUUCCGUCUCAUUCUCAUCGAGUCCCGUAUCCACCGUCUUUCCCGAUACUACAAGACCGUCGGUGUUCUUCCACCAACCUGGAGAUACGAGAGUGCCACCGCCAGCACCAUGGUCGCAUAAGUGUAGAUUGAUAUUGGUCACGGUUGCUUUGGCAUGGAGUUGGGGUGUGGACAAUUUGCAUUGAAUGCUAAUCUGCUUCGGUGGACUUUAUGGUAGCAUGAAAACCGCAUAAAAGAAUCAGAUCUCGAACACAAUCCAGAACCUUUGCGCCAG